UUGGGGGUGGUAGCCGCAGAAGCAGCAGCGAGAGGAGGAGGAGAGCCAGGGGCCAGGGCCAGGGCCAGGAGCCGCCCCGGCCGUGAGAGCCCGAGCGGGGGGAGGGCUACAGCGGUGGCCUCGCCUGGCCCCCGAUGCUAAAUCCAAGCAGGCAGCGGCAUGAAUCACUGUGGGGAGAAGGUGUCUCAGCCGCAGGCGGGCGUGAACCGCUGCUGACAUCACGGCUCCGAGUUACGAGCCGUCUCUCUGGCCAUUUGCUAGCGCCGCAGCCGCACCGGGCAGGGGCUGGGGGACUGAGCCGCCGAGGGGGUUAAUUCCGCCCCUUCCCCCGCCCCCCGAGAGAGACAAAGCCAGAGCCGGGUUUUUUGUGUCUGUCUGGGCGCGUCAACCAUGAGCCGUGUGCCCCCGGCGCGGCUGCCCGGCUCUCGGCCGCUCCGCGAUGGUGUCUCGCAGCGGCGCGGGCGAGUCCUGUAACCGCUGGGGCCCGGGAGCCUGCGAGCCGCCCAGGGCUUUGCAUGCGGGGGGAAGGAGCGGAGCGGAGCGAGGGAGCCGCCGGGCUCGGGGUGUUUUUCCCGCGGAGAGAGAAGAUUCCUGAAGAGCUGAGGUGACUUCACAUACGGCCACUCCACCCCUGUAGAAAGGCUGUAGCUGGACACAUUGAGUUUUGGACCAUGGGGAGCAGCAAGAGCAAACCCAAAGACCCCAGCCAGAGGAGACGCAGCCUGGAAUCUGCCGAGAAUGCCCACCAUGGCGGCUACCCUUCCUCUCAAACGCCCAGCAAGACGCCUGUCCCUGACCCCCAUCGGACCCCCAACCGCUCCUUCGGGAGCAUGGCUGCUGAGCCGAAGCUCUUCGGAGGCUUCAAUACGUCCGACACAGUCACGUCCCCGCAGCGCUCGGGGGCUUUAGCUGGCGGAGUCACCACCUUUGUGGCCCUCUACGACUACGAGUCACGGACGGAAACAGACCUUUCCUUCAAGAAAGGGGAGCGCCUCCAAAUUGUCAACAACACGGAAGGAGACUGGUGGCUGGCUCACUCCCUCACGACAGGACAAACGGGCUACAUCCCCAGUAACUAUGUCGCACCCUCAGACUCCAUCCAGGCUGAAGAGUGGUAUUUUGGCAAGAUCACUCGCCGAGAGUCGGAGCGGCUCCUGCUCAAUUCUGAGAACCCCCGAGGAACCUUCCUGGUCAGGGAGAGUGAAACCACCAAAGGUGCCUACUGCCUCUCGGUCUCUGACUUUGACAACGCCAAGGGGCUCAACGUGAAACACUACAAGAUCCGCAAGCUGGACAGCGGUGGCUUCUACAUCACCUCUCGCACGCAGUUCAACAACCUGCAGCAACUGGUGGCGUAUUACUCCAAACAUGCUGAUGGCUUGUGCCACCGUCUCACAAACGUGUGCCCAACUGCCAAGCCCCAAACUCAAGGACUUGCUAAGGAUGCUUGGGAAAUCCCAAGGGAGUCUCUGCGACUGGAGGUGAAACUGGGGCAAGGCUGCUUUGGAGAAGUGUGGAUGGGGACCUGGAAUGGCACCACCCGGGUGGCCAUAAAGACUCUGAAACCCGGCACCAUGUCUCCAGAGGCAUUUCUGCAGGAGGCCCAGGUAAUGAAGAAACUCCGUCAUGAGAAGCUGGUUCAGCUGUAUGCGGUGGUGUCAGAGGAGCCCAUUUACAUUGUAACGGAGUACAUGAGCAAAGGGAGCUUACUGGAUUUCCUGAAGGGGGAGAUGGGCAAGUAUCUGCGGCUGCCCCAGCUGGUGGACAUGGCAGCUCAGAUCGCAUCUGGAAUGGCGUAUGUGGAGAGGAUGAACUACGUCCAUCGGGAUCUCCGAGCUGCCAACAUCCUGGUGGGGGAAAACCUGGUGUGCAAGGUAGCCGACUUCGGCUUGGCCCGGCUGAUUGAGGACAAUGAAUACACAGCCAGGCAAGGUGCCAAGUUCCCGAUUAAGUGGACAGCCCCGGAAGCUGCUUUGUAUGGCAGGUUUACGAUCAAGUCAGAUGUCUGGUCCUUUGGAAUCCUCUUGACUGAGCUGACCACGAAGGGCAGAGUGCCAUACCCAGGUAUGGUUAACCGGGAAGUGCUGGACCAGGUGGAACGUGGCUACCGGAUGCCCUGUCCUCCAGAGUGCCCCGAAUCGCUGCACGAUCUGAUGUGCCAGUGUUGGAGGAAGGACCCAGAGGAAAGGCCCACCUUCGAGUACCUGCAGGCUUUCUUGGAGGACUACUUCACGUCGACAGAGCCCCAGUACCAGCCAGGCGAGAACCUAUAGACGUGAGGAUGGCUCCUGGAGCCAAAGACCUUGCUCUCCUCCUGGUGUGUCCACGCACAUGUCACAAGACACGCGGCAUCUCAGGAACUCCUUGCAGAGUCUGGUUCUGGUGACUAGCCCUUCUCCCAGAGGGUGGCACUAGGUGCUUUUUAGCCCCGCAAGGUGGAGGGGGGCUGGGUUCUCCUGAUCACUAAUUACUGAUUUAUGGUCUGUGUUUAACAAAGUGUGGUCAUUUGACCUGGAGAUGAGUCUGAAGGGAAUUGGCUGUGUGCAGUGACUGGGGGUUGGAGAAGGAGCCUUUCCAGAAGAAACCCAGGAGGGAAGGUUUGUGCAGAAGCUGGAGGGACCUUCAGGGGUCUUCCUCCUAGUAGUUCUGAAGUGCAAUGAAAGGCAUUAGACAACCUCUGUCUAACAAUGACCUAGACUUCCUCACUGGAACGCUUGGAUCUGCUGGGACUGGAUGCUAGUGCUACAGAUGGACACCUUUCAACCUCCAAUCACGCAGCUUCCAGCCUUUCUCUUUUUUUCUUUUAAACCAGCACAAGGUUCCCCCAUACCUCUCUGCUCCCUACGCCUGUUCCCAGAGCAGACUUGGCUGCAGUUUGCUACAGGAGUGUUUGUGGUUUCAGACUGAGAGACUCUUCCAGAGAGGACAUUCACAUUUCAGUGCUCGCAUGACUCGGUCUCCACUGCCCCAUCCUGCUGGUGUACAGGGCUGUGGCAUUGAGACACCAGCACCAGCCCCCUUGCUUUGCUGCAGGUCCCAGGCACAAGUGAGUUUGGAUCAGGGAUGCUGACUGUGCCAUAUAGACCUGGAGGCUCUUGAGGUGAUUUUUUCUCCCUGUGCGAGGUUCUACUGGAGAGCUAGAAGGACUUCAUGGCUGAGUUGCACAUGCAGCUGCACUGGGGUUCAGUGUUGCUGCUCAUGGUGCUAGUGACUUCUGACUUGUUUCAGGACCAUGUUAGAUCAUGAGCUGCAGGUUUCUGUCUUCCAGUCUCAUCUGACCCAGCAAAGGGAACCUUUAAUCUAGAUGACUACUUCUUAGAGACACACUAAGGCAAAUGCCAAUGGGGCAGGAUACCCCUCUUUUUUCCUACCCUUGCUGCCAACCCCCUAUUGUUUGAGGGGUAUUCUUCAAUGAAGUACCCCUGGUCUUCCAGCCAGCACCCUAAGCAGCACAUGUGGAGAACACCUGGCCAGACCCUCCCUACCUCUCCUCAUUCCACUCAUUCAGUUGCAUCUUAGUUUACUCCAAGGUUUAUAGUGCCAGAGAAGCAGGGUCGGUCACUCUUGGGACACUUUGGUGUUCAUGCCAGCUCUGCCACAGUCAGGAAAGCCUCUGCCUAGCAAAGGGCUCUUUGUGUCUGAAUCAAGGCCUGAUGUGGAGCUAGCUUACCUAGGGAAUUGGGGCCCUGGCUGUGCCCCAUUGUCUUAUCCUCCGCAGGCUGCUGAGCUUGGGAGAGCAUCACCCAUUCCAUGAGGGCAUGGUUUCAAGAACUACUUAUGGAUGCAUUUGGGGUAGAGGUGAAGUCUCCAUUCUGCCUGAGAGCAGAGGGGCCUUCCCCUCCAUCUUCACUCCAUAAUAGGUCUUGAGCUAUAGGGGGCAUCACCUAAACUCCAGACCCUGCCUAAAAGUUAAAACUGUGGAGUCUCCUGCUUUAGCCCAGCUUCCAUGGCUGUUUUCUCUGGGUGCAGGUGAGGGUCUGGGAAAGGGCUCCCAUGGGGAAGACCACUAGUUCAGGGCUUCCACUCAACCCCAUGCUUCAGCAGCUGGAGCUGAGAUCUUUUGGAAUCCUGGUGAGAUCUUUGUAUCUGCUCUGUGUGCAGCAUGGUAAGGUAGGGAAGCAACCUCCUUGCCUCAUUGUGUAUUGGUGUCUGGCCUAGUUGUGCCCUUGCUGCAAGCUGGCCUUGGGCCCCUGAAUGCAGAAAUCCUGCAAAAUCUUUAUUCUAAGCCUUGGUGGGGAAAAGGAGGAGGAAGGGCCUGAUUCCGUGAGGUGCUAAGAGCCCUCACUUCCCACUGAAAUCCUUGGGAGCUCAGGUUGCACAGCACUCUGUGGGAUUGGAUCCUAUGUACUUUCUUCAGCAAACAGCUUGUUGCUCCCAGUUAACGCUCUCUGAUGGUGCAUGUGUGGCUUCCAUGCUUGUAUUUAUGCAGCCAGGUAGCAGAGGCUGCCUUGACAGCAGCUAACACACAAGUGGCUGGUUGUCUUUUUCAUCAGGCUUGUGAAUAAACAGCAGACUUAAGUUUGCAAGCUGCUGUCAAGGGGAGUUUUCUGGUGACCCUUACCCUGAUAGAGAAGCUAAUAGACUAUUUACAGCCAAGUUAGUCAUGGUGCAGGAGAGAUUACAGUAGCCACGGGUCAAGAGACAACUCUCCAUCUGCUUUUAGCUGACAGGCAGAUGGAUGGAUUGUAUGCAGGGCAGUAAGAGCUGGGCUGGCCCAGCACUUGGAUGCAGGUCAUUAGUUGCACUCUAGGACAACACUGCAAAUGAAUGAUCUGUGUCUCAGAUACUGGUCCCAAAUGGACAAGGGAGGACUGCUGUGCUGAGAUCUACAGCGGGAAGUGUUAAAAUGGAGAAUGAGCCUGGCCUUUCAGUGACUGUGCUAAGCAAAAGGACCACUCUCUUCAGUGGUGGAAGGAGGGAGGAAACCUCAACUCUCGUUAACUCCAGAAUGUCAUGGGGCUCCAUCCCUGUCAGUAGGGUGCCCUAAUGCAGCUGCGUGCUGGCAGCGUGCACCCCCGUUUUGGAGGUGAGGCCAAAGCACUGCCAAAGGAACAGCAGGCCCACUUCUCAUUUGGCUGCAGAAGAAAGGCUCCACGCUGCUUUUAUCACUCUUUGGGGUGGACCUGGAAUGUCCGAAUGAGAGAGACAGGGAGGUGGGUGGAAUAGCAAAUGGUGCCCAUGUGGGCAAAGUGUCAUUAAUGGGCAGGUGCUGUGCCAAAGACAGGAGAGAACGCGAGAGACACUGCCCCAUCCUUGGCCAAGACAGCUGGCUGGUCUUCGGCCCAGAUCUCCAAAUGCGCCAGGCGAGGUCCCACCUGCUCUGUCCUUAAGGAUUUCCUCAUUCUAAAUGAGUUCCAGUCAUAAAGCCCCAUGUGGUGUGGGCCCGUCCUUGGAGCAGGACCGAGAUGCGCUUGGCCAACCUCUAGAAGGGAGGGUGCUCGGUGGGGUGGCAGAAGGGGGCCGCAGGACUGCCCUCUCCUACGCCACAUACAGGGGCUGUAAAUGCUUCUGAGUUUGACCGUUUUCAAUGACCGAUCUCGCUCCUGCCUUCCCCUCAUAACGGGUGAUUCUUUAAACAAACUAGAAAACCCAAGCAGCUACCGAAGCCCUAUUUCAAUUGCCUCUUUGUAGCAAAGUUACGCUGUUCAACUGGGGAAGCCCAGCAGCUUUCUGUGGGGUAAUGGCUUCUUAAAAAAGCCUGGUUUUGUACAUAGCCCUCGAGUCGCCUGUUGAAUUAGUUGCAUGUGUUUUUUCUAAGGUAACGCUCGUGUCUGCAAUUGGAUGUAACUGGAAUUCUUUGCCAUUUGCCCGCAAGGCUUUGGUUAUUGUCAUCACUCGCUCGUUUUUGUCUGUAUUUUUGGAUGCUCUUCAGUGUGCCAAAAAUCCCCACGGACCAAAUCCCUUUGGCAACUGAGGGACCGUGCUCUAAGCCCAACUUGUGGCCCAUUUAGUCCAUGCAUUAUUCAAAGAGUUUAGCUGUCCCAAACAGGUGCUGUCCUAAUUGCUUCCUUUAGGUGGCAUCUGUCCUGUGGGGCGCUUUGGCACAUGGCUGAGAUGACUCCAGAAUUGUAGGCUGGCAUCAUGGUUCGAAAUGAUCCAUUCUGCCCAAUGCUGGGUUUGGUCUGGCUCAGAUGCCCGUUCUUGAUGCGGAGGAGAACUUCUUUUCUGGGGAGUUGUAAGGAGUGCUGGGCAGGCACAAAUCCUUCCCCUGCAGAAAUGCCAGCUGGGGUGAGUGAAAUCUCAGAAGCACAUGGGAUAAAAAAAAAAAACCUUGAAAAGCAGGAGGCACAGCCAUGCGUGACAUUGGAAGUGGAAGCAAGUGAUUUGAUUCUGAUGUGCCGCCCCCCCUCCCUGACCACCCCAGCCUAUAGGAUGGGGUCUGGAGCAAAAUGGGGUUUGGUAUUUUUCCAUACAUUUUCUUCCUCCAUGACCCUAAUGCUUUUCCAAUGUUGGGAUUGUUCCCCAUCUUUAGGGCAAUUGAGCCAAACCACCACCAUGUGCCAGGUCCUUGUGUCUCACAGUCGCAAGUUGCAGAAAUGUCUUAGCAGCAGUGGUGAAUCCCCCAGGUGGAGCUAGUGGGGUGAGAGAAGUGUCAUGGGGCAUUCAUGGAGAUGACUGGCUGCAUGUGAGCUAAAUCCUCCUUCCGCAGCCAUCUGUGCCAAAACUCCUGUUGGCUUCAAUGGGAUCUGUCCUUCAGUCCCCUCUACCUCUGCCUGGUCAUACUACAAUGCAAGCAACCUUGGGAGAUAGUCUAACGGUGCUGCUAUUUAUAGAUCAUCUUUAACUCACGUAUCUGGUCUGUAUUGCUGGUAUGACUUUGUGAUUAAAAAUCAUUAGGGUCAGAAAAUUAGGUGGCGUGUGACUCCACCCUGGCUUGUAGACUCUUUUUGAAGCCGCCUUCUCCUGAGCUCUUGCAGCCACGUACAGGCCCCACGGAAAUCCAGGACACAACUCCCAUUAACUGAAGUGGCCCCAGCCUUGGCCUCUCAGAAUAAAACCCUCCCAGUCCAGCAGGGGAGAAGCAGGUGCAGAGGGAUGAGAUCAUUGUGACUUCCCAACCUAUCCCCUUAAGUGCGGCUAGAAAUCUAGCUUUACGGCCAUUCUCUUCCAAACCUGGGCAUGGUGGAAGGGGUGGUUCCUUUUCUCCCAGAGAUGCUGUGACCCAAACAAGAAUCUUCCUUUUAGGCCUUUUUUUUUCUUUUUUUUUCCCCCCUAGGAGCUCAGGGAAAAUGGGACUGAUGAAAACGCAAACCCAGCCCUGCAUCUCACUCUUAUUUAUUAAACCUGGUUCUCUCCCUCUCUCUCGAAAAAGCUGAGUUUCCACUCCUCUCCAAGAAAAGUUCCUACCUUUCUUGGUUGGAAGAAGGUUAAUUUUCUGUAGUCUUUUAAAUGAAUUUUGGACUUGGACCUUUUAGUUUUUCUGCACAGCAUAAAAGUUGCUGUGGCAAGAUUGCUGCAUUCAUGAGCCAGGACUCUCGCUCCCUUUGUCAGGUUCUGUGUCUUUUUGCCUACGUUGAGCAGUUGGGGAGAAAUCCUCAUUUCUAGCGAGAUCAGGUUCCCGUCCCCAUUUCUGGUAAGGUUUCUAACAUGCAGAGAAAGUGUAUGGGGGGGCGGGGGGACAUUAAGCGUGUGUUGUGCCAGUGAUGCUUGUAUAAUUGAUAUAACUUUACACACCUACCACCAAGAAGAAAUCGUUGUUCCAGAAACAAAAAUUGGAAUAUGCUGAAGCCCAGCAGGCUGGCGAGAGCUGGGGAGGGGAGGCAACGGCAGCUGUACAGACCGAAAAGACUUUUUUUCAAUAUGUACGUUUUUCAAAGAAAGAUGGGGGAACAGAAUGACUUGAACACUGGUUGUUUCCAGCUCUGUCUGAUUUUACCACAGCUGGUGUAGCAAUAAUGACGAUUAAUAAUGUAAGUGAACACGGGAUGCUCUCGUUCCCUGUCUUUGGCGAGCUUUGAAGAAGAAUAGAGCAGGAUUCCUUCAAUUCUUUCUUUGUCCCAGGUUCAGAGUAAACCCUUCUCCACUGUGCAUGAUCUCGAGUAUGGUAGAGCAGGGUGACCCUCCUGUGUGUGGACAUGACAGACCCUAGGUCCUCUCAUGUCUCAGGGCUGGAUACUGCUGUUGGAACCGACUAAUACCCUGGAGGCAGCAGGAUGGGGAGACUGUCCUCUCGCACCAGUGUGUUUUGCCAGUUUUGCUUUUUAAGCCAAUAAACUGAAGAGGAAUCUCUUUA